AUGGAAGGAUUAAGGAAUGAGCUUUGUCAAUUAUUGUUAUUGGCGCCUCAUGAAACAUUUACUCCAGAUUCCGAUUCAUCUUCCCUGCAAUUAAUCCUGGAAAUCUUGAAAGGGGAAUAUUUUACCGUGAUAAAUCAAUUUCUUACCACCAACCAAGAAGCACAAGUGAUUCUUACAAAAUACCCUCAGACUAGUUUAUUAGAAGUCUUGGUCGAGUAUGUCGAUUUUAUAACUAGAUCAUCUCCUUCUCCAGAGGUCGCUUUACAACUAUUGGCAAUUUCAUGCCUUCAAUUGUUCACUCAAGCCAAUUUCACUGGCCCUCAAGCCUCUACCACGGCACAAUCUAUAUUGUUCCCUCAAGUUGAUCUGGAUAAAUUGCAAUUCGACGCAGUUGCAACUUUAAAUUUGGAAGGUCAACAAGCAUACGAUUUAAUGCAGGAACCUUUAUUCUUAAUCAUUUCAGAAUUGUUAUUUGAAAGAUUGAUUGAGACUCCAUUCCAAUAUAGUCUUUUCAAUCCUGAUAUUACCAAGCAUUCCGAUAAGGUGUUAGAAUAUUUUGGGGAAUUGGCCCAUAGAACUAACGGAGGUGCUGAGUACGUUUUGGCAUCGUUGUUUUGGUGGAAAGUUAGGGCUUUACAAAUCCAUCUGUCUGUACUUUCUGAUCCACCAAGUUUAAUACUGUCUAUUUCGGGAAUAUUAUUGAAUAACACAUUACCCAGUUCAUUAGCACCGUCGGGACAAGCAGAUCCAGAAACCCAGAGGUUGAUACAAGUGCAAUAUUUGUUAGAAGCCGCAAGAUUACAUAUCCAUUCUCAGACUGAACAUGGAGCAACUGGUCCCUUGACUAAGGCGAAGCAGAUUUCUCAAUUCAACUUUUUAUUAUCAGGUGCUAAAGCUAAAAGAACCAAGUUUCAACAAUUCCAUACCUCUACAUUGAUUGUGCUAGCCAAAAGUGGAAUUACUACUUCUUUGUACGACAAAUCUACCGGAGACGCGGGUGAAAAUCCUGAAGCCUUCGAAUUGAAUUCAGAUUUAUUAUUGGAAAAGCCACAUUUCGAAUCCUUGCAAGAUUUAGAGUUAGAAACUUUUCAACAAGACGCGAAAAGGAUCAAGUUUGACUCCUUUGGGUUGGAAGAUGAUGUCAAUCAAGAUGAAAAAUUAUUACCCAUUGCGAUUAAACAAACAGAUAUUCCAGACGAAUUACGUGAAUUAGAUCCAAACAAUCAACCUUCAUUAUCAAAUCUCGAUAACUUACAACUUUUAUUACGUCUCACGGUUCUCAAACAAACGUCUCCUGCUUCAGAUCCAUUAGUAGAAGAAGAAUUACAAGCAUUAGUAAGCAGGGUUCUCUACAAUAGUACCGAAGGAAAAGCCCCCAAUUGGACAAUCUUCUCCCGUGCACUCUGGGAACGUUCAUUAUUAGAAACCGGAAAAUCCCGUACUAUAGAACGUGGAAUUCUUCAAAUGACUUCGCUAGUUGAAGAAAUGGGUAUCAAGAUUAAAACUCGUUUGAUUCCGCAAGCAGCCACCGAGGAUCCUAACACAGUAACCGCACUGAGAAUCAGAUUCAUCCAUCAGUUACCAUUAUUACCCCAAUGGGCAAUGGACGCCCAAUUGGCCGAGAAAUAUAUGUCAUUAGGUGUGUUGAGGUCGGCAUUAGAGAUAUAUCAACGAUUGCAAAUGCAUUGUGAAGCAGCACUUUGUUAUGCAGCUGUAGAUAAUGAACUAGAAGCCGAGAAAGUCAUAUUAGGCAGAUUAGAGACUCACCCGCAUGAUGCAAGGGCAAUCUCAAUCUUGGGGGACAUAAAACAAGAUCCGGCAUUAUGGUUAAAAGCAUGGGAAAUUGGUAGAUAUGCUAAAGCAAAAUCCUCACUUGCUAAUUACUACUACAGUCCGCCAGCAAAUUCUGGAGUGACUAAGAAUAUUGAUUUGGCAAUUGAACAUAUGCAUGAUUGUCUUACUGCUAAUCCGUUAGUCUAUCAAAACUGGUAUUUCUACGGUUGUUGUGGACUUGAAUCCCAGCAAUUCGAACUUGCAAGUGAAGCUUUCACCCGUUGUAUUUCGUUAGAUGAAAGCAAUUCGUAUGCGUGGUCAAAUUUAGCAAGUGCAUUGUUGAAAUUAGAUAAGACAAAGCCAGCGUUCAAUGCAUUGAAGAAGGCGAUUAGAUGUGGUGGAGAGCUGAGAAAAUCAUGGAGAAUUUUUGAAAAUUAUAUGAUUGUGGCUGCAAAGCUUCAUGAAUGGAAUGAUGUUUUGAUCGCUGUACGGGAAUUGAUUGAGAUUAGAAAGCUGGAAGGUGAUACCGCUAUAGAUAUUCCAGUUAUUGAGAAAUUAGUCGAAAUAUUAGUUUCCACUGAAUUCCCAACUGAUGGAGAGACUAGAUUAACUCAUUACCAAAGAUCGUGUGUUGACUUAGUCUGUAAUAUCAUUCCUAAUGUCAUCACAUCAUCUACCAGAUGUUGGAGAAUUGUCGCUAGGGUUGAAUUAUGGCGUAAGAGACCUUGGGAUACUUUGGAAUGUCACGUAAAAGCCUACCGAGCAAUCAUAAGUAAUCCAAUGCUUGAAUCUGACGAAUCUGUUUGGAAUGAAGCGGUGGAUGCUUGUGCUGAUUUGGUUAGUGCAUAUGAAUCAUUGGGUGAGUUACCAGGGAAGCAUGAUGCUGGAGAUGUGGUUUGUCAAGAUUGGAAAUAUAAGGCUAGAAGUUCUGUUAGGACUUUGAUGUCAAAGGGUAAAGAUAUGUUUGAAGAUUCUACAGGAUGGGAUAGACUUGUAGAGAUGAAGCAAGAUUUAAGUAAUAAUUAA